AUGGACUAUUCUGGAAAUUUGAACGGUUAUAUCAACCAGGUCAGUACUACUGAUGGCUUGCCGACAAGCACUGUCGGAAAUGCUGACUAUACGUUUGAAAUGCUUACUACAGAAACGGAUUCUGUACAUUCUAAUCAAUAUAAUGCUGAUAUAAGAAAUAAUUCACUGCCAUAUGUGGGAAUGCUUGGCUACUCAUCAGCUAAAGGUACUUUGAAGCAGGUUGCUGUCAGAAUUUGUACUCUAUUAAAGGUAUGGAGAAUUUCCACGCAAACCGACAUCGCCGACAAUCUAAUAAUAGAAUGCCUGGGUCCUAUUGACUCUAUACGUGCAGCAAAUGAUCCUAUAUACCAAAAAAACCGUGAAUCAAGCGAAAAAAGUAUUAGAAGGCGAGUUUACGACGCUAUUAAUGUCUUAAUUUCUGCGAAAAUUUUAGAUAAAAGUAAUAAAAAUAUAAUAUGGAAAGGUAUUUCUAGUAUUAAUCAUAUUUUGUGUUCUGAUAAUGCUCAGCCAUGUGAUAAUCUCCCAUUAAUUCAACAAAAUAUUCGCGAAAAACUGGUCGAAUAUGAGAGGUUACAAUAUUUGUACCUUUCUUUGAAAACAAUAAUAGAACACAACGCAAGCACAAAGUCUAUGAAUAAUGAGCAGAAAUCGCUUUUACCAUGUUCCCUUGUAAUAGCUAAUUCGAAGGAUUCUAAUAUUUCCUGUAUCUAUAGGAAUAACAAAUCUGAAGUUGCAAUUCAAGUAAACAGUAUCGUAGACUUCUUAGACCAAUAUGAAAUUAUUAAUAGAGUAGCAGCGUGUAUAAGAAUGACAACAGUAGAUACUAGCCAGCUCGUUUAA